GAGAGGAAUUGUGGUGGCGAAAUUUAUAUGGCAGAAGAAUUUCAGGCGGAGGUGUGCGGCGGAAGCUGGUGGAGUUCACCAAGAGCCACCUUCAACCAGUCAUCAUAUAUCGGAAACUAUGGCGGUUGUUGGCAAAGUGAUUUGAUGAACAUGAAAACAUGGUCAACUGAAGACUCUUCCGAUCAUGACUCCACGACGGUUUUCCAAAAAUCCGGUGGCUGUGCCAACGCUAUCUCGCCGGAUUCCGCCUUUCCGAUGAUGGGUGGUGCUUCACCACCGUCUACAACCACCAAUUGGAAUCAAGCUUUAUUAGUAAAUGGAAGAACUGAAGAAGCUGGGAGUUACAAUCAAACCCUACCGGAAAUCUUGAACAACUUACCGUCCGGCGGCCAAGAUUGUGCUGGUUUUGCGAUGGACCAACAACAGACUUCAAGUUUCCUCACAAACUCCGGUGAUUCCACCGGAAACUUGGUCAGUACUUCAUAUGGAUACCCUUCAAGUUUGCUGCAAACUUUAUUCGACAGUACUUCACCACCACCACCACCGGCAGCAGCGCCACCGCAGCCACCACUUUACGAUUUCGAAGCAAAUUUAAACGAUUUCAAUCCGGUUUCGAGCAUGCCCAGAUUCUCUUCUUUGGUAAAGCCGAAACAGCAAGUUCUUGGAGGUUUACACUUGGCCAACAAGACCCCUUUCUGGAAUGCAUCGGUUUUGGAUUCGAACGAUAAUCGAGCAGGUUUUUUCGCUUCGACUCAGUCUCGAUAUCUUUCAUCGACGACGUACGAAGAGAAACCCAACUGCCCUAACCUCAAGUCUCAAAAUGAAGAAAUCCGGGAUAUGGGAUCAUCGGUGAAGAAGACGACUGGUGACCCUACGUUUAAACGACCUCGUCUUGAAACCCCAUCGCCAUUGCCAACUUUUAAGGUUCGAAAAGAGAAACUCGGAGAUCGAGUCACUGCACUCCAGCAACUAGUUUCGCCUUUCGGAAAGACGGAUACAGCAUCGGUUCUCCACGAAGCCAUCGAUUACAUCAAACACCUUCACGAUCAAGUCAAUGUUCUAAGUGCCCCCUAUAUGAAAAACGGAGCUACCAUACAACGACAACAAAUUCACGAUCACAAAGUGAAAGACACAACAGAAGGAGCUAAACACCACGACUUGCGAAGCCGAGGACUCUGCCUUGUGCCAGUAUCGAGUACAUUCCCAGUUACCACCGAGACUAUACCCGAUUACUGGUCAUCAAGUUUCGGAAACACAUUCAGAUAGAGCUGAUAAACGAACCCAAUAAACCCAUUUCACCAUGAAUUCACAGUCUCACAUCGGUUAGACUUUCAUCAUUUCUCCUUAUAGUAUAUGUCAAAACCUCGUCAUCUCUCUCCUCAAACAGCUUUUCGCUGUUCCGGAGAGCAAUGUGACGAAACUUCAGACCCGUUGGUUGGUCUUUGAAGAGCUUUUUCGUUAUUUUGAUUAAAUCAGAUGAAUUAAAAUAACGAAAAAACUCUUGAAAAUAUAAAGUAAUAUGAGCCACAUAUUGGAGUAGUGUAGUAGAAGUACAAUGAAGAAAAAGUAGAAAGUGAGCCUGGAAGGAAAGACAACCAACACAAGUUUGAUGUAGGGUUAGCAAAUGAUAACCUUUCCAUUUAAAGAAAGAAAUAUGGUU